CGUGGUAGAAGUCGCAUGUACAUCUACUGUGUGCGUUCAUGGCGAUUGCCCGGUCACAGCAGGCACUCUCCAUAUCCUGCUUUAUCCUCGUUGAAGGGAUUUACUCUUGAGCACCUGAAUGCGUCGUGUGUACGCACGUGCGCUGCGGCGGUCAGUUCUGCUUGGACUGCUGCAGCAGGGAGUGGUUCGCGCAUUGGCAUUGGAAGCUCCAACACAGUGGGGUUGUUGUGGAGGUCAUUGGUUGCAACGUGCCUGUUUGUCCCCAGGAGGAACAGGAAGAUCUACUCGGGGACUUCUACAGUUACACCAGGGAUUACCAUGCCUCAGUCAACGUAUCCAGACAUGGGUUCUGCCUUCAUCCAGACACAGCAGCUCAACGCUGCAAUGGCCGACACCUUCCUGGAACACAUGUGCCUGCUGGACAUCGACUCCGAGCCCACCACCGCACGCAACACUGGCAUCAUCUGCACCAUUGGGCCAGCCUCCCGUUCUGUGGAUAUGCUGAAGGAGAUGAUCAAGUCUGGAAUGAACAUUGCUCGCUUGAACUUUUCCCAUGGCACACACGAGUAUCAUUCACAGACCAUCAAGAAUAUCCGUGAGGCAUGCGAGAGCUUCGAGCCCGGCAGUAUCCAAUACAGGCCUGUCGGCAUCGCCCUGGACACAAAGGGCCCAGAGAUCAGGACUGGCCUCAUCGCGGGAAGCGGCGAAGCUGAGGUGGAGCUGAAGAAGGGCAACAUGAUCAAGCUAACCUUGGACGAUAGUUAUCAAGAGAAAUGCAGCGAGGAUACCCUCUGGCUCGACUACAAGAACAUCACCAAUGUGGUGGAAAUUGGCAGCAAGAUCUACAUUGACGACGGACUCGUAUCCCUGCAGGUCAAGGAGAUUGGUUCUGAUUUCCUCAACUGCGAGAUUGAGAACGGUGGCACCCUGGGCAGCAAAAAGGGAGUGAACCUCCCCGGUGCUGCUGUGGACCUGCCUGCUGUUUCAGACAAGGACAUCAAGGACCUGCAGUUCGGUGUGGAUCACGGAGUCGACAUGGUGUUUGCCUCCUUCAUCCGCAAAGCAGCAGACGUACACGCCGUCAGAGCAGUGCUGGGAGAGAAAGGCAAAGAAAUUAAGAUCAUCAGCAAGCUCGAGAACCACGAGGGUGUACGCAGAUUCGAUGAGAUCAUGGAGGCCAGCGAUGGCAUCAUGGUUGCCCGUGGCGACCUGGGAAUUGAGAUCCCCACAGAAAAGGUCUUCCUCGCCCAGAAGAUGAUGAUCGGUCGCUGCAACAGAGCUGGCAAGCCCAUCACAUGUGCCACUCAGAUGUUGGAGAGCAUGAUCAAGAAACCCAGACCCACCCGCGCUGAGGGCAGCGACGUAGCCAACGCCGUGUUGGACGGUGCCGACUGCAUCAUGCUGAGCGGAGAGACCGCCAAGGGAGAUUACCCUCUGGAGGCAGUACGCACACAGCACAUGAUUGCUCGUGAAGCCGAGGCAGCCAUGUUCCACCGGCAGGUGUUUGAGGACCUGCGUCGUUCCACGCCAUACUGCAAAGACCCCGCUGAAGCUAUUGCGAUCGGCGCUGUUGAGGCCUCUUUUAAGAGCUUAGCCUCUGCGAUGAUUGUGCUCACUGGCUCUGGAAGGUCCGCCCACCUGAUCUCCAGGUACAGGCCCCGUGCCCCCAUCCUCGCCGUGACCCGUAACGCCCAGACGGCUCGCCAAGCUCACCUGUACCGCGGCAUCUUCCCCGUCCUCUACACCAGUGCCGCCCACGAUGUGUGGGCAGAGGACGUCGACAUGCGCGUCAACUUUGCCAUGGAUGUUGGCAAGGCCAGAGGCUUCUUCAAAGUGGGAGAUGUUGUCAUCGUCUUGACCGGCUGGCGCCCAGGCUCCGGUUUCACCAACACCAUGCGCGUGGUUCCGGUGGCCUGAACAGCCAACAGGGCUGCUCUGCUUUCUCCCUCCACCUUCAUCUAUCUUUCAUAGCUCUCCACGCCACUCCAGCUCACAGCCCUUCUUAUCCAACACCCGGGCUCACAGACUCAACCCCUGAACAAUUAAUCAUUUAGGCAUUUAAUAAUGCAAAGCAAUUAGAAAAUAAAUCGAGUAUAGCCUUCAUGGCCAAAGAGCUGUUUUUUGGGUGGGAGUGGAGGCUUGAUUCGUACAAUUCCACUUUAUGUCUCCAUUCCUUUCACAUCGAUUCUCUCAAUCAAACCAGUCUGCAGGGCCUCAGAUUAAUACACCACGACCAGAAACUGCUGUAUUUAUUCACUCAAAACACUUAUAUUAUUAUUAAAGGUGAACCAGUCUGAGAGUGAAUGCACCCUGGUCUGUCUGCAUGCGCAUACUGGCUCCUGUUUAGGUGGAGUUGGCAGGUGGAGCAGGCUAAUCUCAACAGAGCACCUUGAGCACUGUAACAGUUUACUGAUCACACUCCUCUGCCGAUAUAACGAACAAACAUGUGGCAUCCUAAAUCAAAGGGCUCCUCCCUCAGAGCAGCCUCGGCUCCACCACUCCACCCAAACAGGUCCUUCCGUAGUGCUGUCUGUAUGAAGUGUCCUCUCUUAAAGCCAGCUAUCACUGUAUUUAAGUGUUUCUGUAGUUGUUGCACUCCUAAUCUCCUCAAAACAAUGUUACAUUCGAUAUUAUACUUGACUUUUGUGAAUGGUAAAGUUUUGUUUUUGGACAUCCAAUACUACUUAUAUUUUGUCUGACUAUAGAGAAAUGUUAGUUUUGGAUGUCCACCUCAGAGGUGUUUGAGCUAGUUACUGUAUUUGUGUUGUUAGAUGUGACAUAAAGCCUUUUACCUUUAUUUGGAUCAUAUCUAAGUUGGCACUUAUGAAUCGUAUAUGGUUCACUAAAGUUAACCGAUAUGAAUGAGCACUUUUAGGGGUUAUUUUUCAUAGGGGACCCGAUGAUGGGAUGACACCCUGUCCCUCCCUUGUCCUUCUCCUUUUAUGUUGGUGACCUGCUGUAGCUGUCUUCAUGUGUCUAACAUGCUUUUGAUUGUAAUGCUAGAGUGUAAGAACUAACUAAAUGUAAAGGGGUAUUGUAAUGUUUAGCAGGUGUACUGAGCUGUCCCAAAAGACUGGAUUUCCAUCAAUAAAAGAGAAGAGCACCUACCAUAA